UUUGUUUUGUAGAACAGACAUUGGUCGGUAACCGGAAGUCGGGCAGUGUUCUUUGUGUGGCGGGAAUUUCAGUUUCAGUUUGGAUGUGUUAUCAGAGCGCAGUGUGUUCGCUAUCGGAUCAAUCUGACUGAAUGCACUGUCUUUUAAAGUAGGCACAAAGUGUCCCACAGUAGCUACGCGCGCACACACUCAGCAUGGCUGCGGAGACAGUAGAGUACACCAUAGGAGGAGUGAAGAUAAACUUCCCCUGCAAAGCAUAUCCCUCUCAACUUGCCAUGAUGAACUCUAUUGUCCGUGGCCUGAACCAUGGGCAGCACUGCUUACUGGAAAGCCCUACUGGCAGUGGGAAGAGCCUCGCGCUGCUCUGCUCAGCCUUGGCAUGGCAGCACGCGCAGUACGCUAAAUCUGACCAGGAGGGAGGAAGCCCUUCAUGUGAUGUAAAAAAGCCCUACGUUACUACCCCAUGUCAGUGUGUGUGCCACAGCAGAGCUCGUUGCUCAUCCACUUCCUUCAGCACUACAGCGUCCAAACCAGCUGUGAUUGACCUUACUGGACAAGAUCCUGCUGCCCAAGCCACCACACCUCCGAGAGCAGAGGAAAAUCAAGCCAAGAGAUCCACUCUGUCAUCCAGGCUUUCUGAGAAAUUUCAGGCUUCCUUCACUACACAGGGAGAAUCAAAUGAUGAAGACUUUAAGCCCGAUAAGAAGCGGAUUCGGGCACCUGCUGCUGAUCAGAAGAGCAGGAAGCGAAGAUGUCUUGAACAAGGCAUGGUGUUCGAUGAUGAUGAGGAAGUGGAAAGGGCUGAUCCUGGGACUCAGAACUGGACUGUGGAGUUGAGCAGUCAAGCCAAAGCUGAAGGCAGCCUGCCACCGGCUGAAUGCUGUUCUCCUGUACCUUGUUCCCUGUGUGCUUGUGCGAGCCUCGGAGAAGGGCAGAAGACAGGUGAAAAAGUCAAGGACAAAGACAAAGAGGGCAAUGGGAAGAAAGCUGUCCCCAAAAUUUUCUUUGGCACACGGACACACAAACAGAUCACUCAAGUUGCACGAGAGCUGAAGCGGACGCUGUACUCCACUGUGCCCAUGACCAUCCUAUCCAGCCGAGACCAUACGUGUGUCCACCCUGAAGUGGUACCCCACGCCAACCGCAAUGAACGCUGCAAGGAGCUGCUCGAGGCCAAGAAUGGGCAGUUAUGCCGAUUCUACCACAAUGUGCAUAAGAUGCGGGAGCAGAGAACUUUGCAGUGGGUGCAUGGGCUGCACCAGGCCUGGGACAUAGAAGAGCUGGUCAGUCUGGGCAGUAAGCUACGCUCCUGUGCCUACUAUGCAGCCCGGGAGCUCAUGCAGGAUGCUAAGAUUGUUUUUUGCCCGUACAACUACUUGCUGGACCCCCUUAUCCGGGAGAGUAUGGACAUCAAUCUAAGGGGGCAGAUUGUUGUGCUGGAUGAGGCUCAUAACAUUGAGGAUUGUGCCCGCGAGUCUGCCAGCUUCACCCUAAACCAGGCUCAGCUGCGGGAGGCCCGUGAGGAUCUUGAUGCUAUGGUGACAUAUAACAUCCGCCGGAGUCACCAUGAGUCUCUUCUGGCCUUUUGCUGCAGCCUGCUCAACUGGAUACAAGAAAGCUCCAGUACUUUGCAAGACAGGGAUUAUGAGACUGCCUAUAAGGUGUGGACUGGGAAGGAAGUUCUGGACAUCUUCCAUGGUCUUGGCAUAACAGCUGACACAUUUCCCGUGCUUCAGAAGCACUUUGAGGCAGUGCUGGAGAAGGAAGAGCGGGUUGGGCUGGUGAAUGGGAGAGAGGACACGGUACAGGUUCCCACCAUCAGCUCCAGCACUCAGACUGUGCUGAAGAGCCUUUUUAUGGUGUUGGGAUUCCUGUUUCGACAAAACUGCAGGUUUGCGGAUGACUACCGUGUGGCUUUGCAGCAGAGUUAUGUUUGGACUACCCAGGAGGAUGUGCCCGAUGCCCAGGGCUUUCUUGCCCGGCCACGCCGCCGCCGCCAGAAUGUUCGCACUAAAACCCUUGUGCACACACUCAGCUUCUGGUGCCUUAACCCUGCUGUGGCAUUUUCUGAUCUAAGCACAGCAGUACACAGUAUAGUGCUCACUUCUGGUACCCUCUCACCCAUGGGGUCCUUCUCUUCUGAGCUGGGCCUCAAAUUCUCCAUCCAGCUGGAGGCCAGCCAUGUUAUCAGCAAGUCUCAGGUAUGGGUUGGCACCAUUGGAGCAGGUCCUCAGGGCCGUAGGCUGUGCGCCACAUUCCAGCACGCCGAGACCUUCACCUUCCAGGAUGAGGUGGGCGCACUGCUGCUGAAAGUGUGCCAGACUGUGAGCCGAGGAGUGCUCUGCUUCCUGCCAUCCUACAAGAUGCUGGAUAAGCUGAGGGAUCGCUGGAUGAACACAGGCUUGUGGGAGAAGCUGGAGGAGAGGAAAGCAGUGAUUGCAGAGCCACGUGGAGGAGCCAAGAGUGACUUUGAUGAGCUGCUACAAACCUACUACAAGGCCAUCAAACAAAGUGGAGCCCGAGAUGGGGCACUUCUGAUUGCAGUUUGCAGAGGAAAAGUGAGUGAGGGACUGGAUUUUACUGAUGACAAUGCCAGAGCAGUGGUCACUAUUGGCAUUCCCUUCCCCAACAUCAAAGACCUGCAGGUUGAAUUGAAGAUGAAAUACAAUGACCAGCACUGUAAAUCCAGGGGCCUUCUUCCUGGAGGCAGAUGGUAUGAGAUCCAGGCCUACCGGGCCCUAAAUCAGGCGUUGGGAAGGUGUAUUCGUCAUAGAAAUGACUGGGGUGCACUUAUUUUAGUGGACGACCGUUUUAGAGCCAACCCCAACAAGUAUAUCACAGGCUUGUCCAAGUGGGUUCGUCAGCUGGUGAUGCAUCAUGACAGCUUUACUAGUGCCUUGCAUUCUUUGGUGUCGUUCUCCCGGAGCCGGCAGGGAGAAGUAGAGAGCCACACUGAGGAGCUUGCUCAGACUAACCCUGACUCCCCCAGGACUCAGGCAUCUGAGUCCCCUCCUCAGCUUCCGAAACCGCAGCAGUGCCUGAGCUCUGAGGGUCAGAUUACCAUUCCCUCUGUCAGCCACCCUUCGGAAGCAGGUGACCAGAAGCCUUCACAGCAUCAAUCAGAAUUACUAAUUCCACAGGGUAAUGUGCCUCAAAUCCUUCCAAAACCACAAACAAAGCCCACCCUGUUCACCUCCACUCCAGUCAGUUCUCGAUUCAGGACCCCUAUCUUCCAAUCUAAAGACUCCAGGAAGGACUUGGACCAGUGUGUAAAUUCAGCAGUCAUUAAUAAGGACACAGUUUCUGCACCUGAUCAGGCAGUGAAAGAGCAGACUGAAGUUGUUCCUAAGAACAAACCGAAUGAGAGUCCACCUGACCCUCCUCUUCAGCCACUAGCCCUGUCCCCUGUUGAGACACCUCCAUACUGUAUUUCCAAUCAGGAAACGAAUAUAGCAGGACCUGAAGAUGUCGAAGAGGAGGACCAGACUAUCUUCUACACCCCUGAGUUGUUUGAAGGAGAAGAUGAGGAGUCAGCCGCAGCAGCUAUAGAGGAAGACGAGGAGUCAGCUGCAGCAGCUACAGAGGAAGAUGAUGAGUCAGCCGCAGCAGCUAUAGAGGAAGACGAGGAGUCAGCUGCAGCAGCUACAGAGGAAGAUGAGGAGUCAGCCGCAGCAGCUAUAGAGGAAGAUGAAGAGUCAGCUACGGCAGCGACAGAGGAAACUCCUCUUCAGAUCGAACAGCUUCUUUACACCAUCGAAAAGAUGGCUGAUAGACAGCCUGGGGAGUUGUUCAGGUCCGAGAAGGACCAAACAAGGAUGUGUGCUAGCUCUAGUGAUGUUAAAGGGACUGCUACGUUUCCUGAAAGAGAUUUUUUUUCUCCUGACGGAGACUGUGUGUUGUCUGAGAGCGUAGCAGAGCAGGCAGGGGUGAGCUGUAGUAUAGGCAGUGAGGACAGGGCCACACAACAACAACACAACACUAGCAGCAAGUCACGUAGGCUCUCCAGGUCCAGGCAGAAAGCAUCGAGCAGAGAAGCAGGUAAACUCACUACCAACUUCACCUGUCUCUCAGGGGAGUCAGCUGUAGAUCAUUGCAAUCGAUGACUGAAAAACGGUAACAUUUCUAAAUAGUAAAUAACUCUAAAGCUGUACCAUGGUAAAUAAAUAUAUCUUUCUAAAAAUGGUGGGAGGUGAAGGUUAUAUUUGGUAUUGGUAUCAGUACUGUGGGACUGCAAACACACAGGGUUAACUUGCAGAGCUGAUUUUUACACAAUUCUGCAAUUUCUUAUGAACUGUGUUAAAAUGAGUGACAAGCACAUUUCCCUAAACUUCAAAACAACAAGGCUUGGUGGGGCUGAUUUUAAUGAGUGGACUUGUAGUGUCUGUGAAGUGGAACGGGGGAGCUGAAAGGUUUUGAUUUUUACACCAAUUUUACAGGCCAGUCAAAUUUUAAUUGUAUGUCCUUUGAUAUAAAUAAGGCAAAAGUUGUAGCUAGACAGGAAGGCACACAAGGACAAUAAAUGGCCACCGAAAGCUCUCCUUUUUUAACAGAUUAAAAAAAGCAAAAACAAUUAACGUACUGAAUCUGAACUUGCAAUAAAAUAUAAAUUGUAUUCUCUUUCUAUGGUGGUGGAUGUUAUGGUGUAAAAGCCCAGAACUGUCUCUUUUUCCUAGGCAAAUUCUUCACAUUGAAGUAAAUGUACAGAUUUCAAAAAAGGGCACAUGCAUUCUCAGAUAAUCUGUGGUUUGGGCUCUUUAGUGAUGGAAAUCUCUGUACAGUAACUUCACCUCUGCCCUGAGGUGAAUCGCUUUAAACCGCUUGUUCUCAACACUAGAAUUUCUUUGACUUUAUCUGUCUGGCAUUGGAUUUGAAUGGGUGUGGUAUGGGAGAGGAUAGAAGGCCAUUUCCACCUUGUUUUUAAUGGGAAUGGGAAAGUUUUAAUGUUGAAUCCAAGGAAUGCACAUGACAAAAAAAUAAAUACAGUCACUUGAUGUUUUUGACAAUUGACCAUUAUGUGAAAACAGCUUCAGUUCCAUUAAUGUAGAUUUUUAAUUAUGUUGUUCUUAAUAUGAGCAUAUUAAGAAAAUAAAGAGUGUUUAAGCACAUAAAUAAAGAGUGUUUCUCUUAAGCCCUUUUUUUUUUUGUUUGUUUUUACCUAAAACCUUUGCCUGAUCACCUAUUUCUUAGCAAUAAAUCACUGAGCCACAUUACCAUUAUUGGAGCCCUUGUUAUGACUCUAGAGUGUAAUUUUGUGUGGCAAACGCUUCGGUACUGGCAGAGGAGAUGUCUUGGUCAAAUUAAAUGCUAUUAGUCUGACUGGAAUUGUCUCGUUAGAUGGCUUUAUGCAGUGAUGUCGUUAAUGUGGGGGCUACAGAGGAAAUGGGAGAGAAAGCCUUUCAAUUAAAGCUCAUCUCUCUUCAUCUGUGUUGUGCCAAGUGAUUGUAAUUGCAUUGCGGGAAUGGCGGCUGCUCCAUUAGUAUCAGUGCAAUCUUGUGCAAGGGAGGAAUGUGGGAAUUGACUGUUCAAGAUAUUCUAAUAAGCUGUCUGCACCCAUGCAAGACCUACCACAUGGCUAGACUUUACCACAUCCAGAGAAUAUAUCUAUCCCUGAAAUAUUUAAUUGCAUUAAAUUCAUUCAGAACUUGUCAUGCUGAUUUUUGAACUCAACAGACUGGAAUUAAAGGAAU